UUAAAAAGUCCGGCACCCGGGAGGCCGGCUCGUCUCUCCUCUUACCCCGGCUGGCGCCGAGCUGGUCGGAUCAAAAAAGUAAACAUUGUGGAGGGACACCGACAUGUUUGGAGAGAAAUGGGAACACAUACAAUGAAAGAGUAACAUUGAAAGGUAUGGCCUCAUCCUGCAUCUCUGAAUUGAGCUUGGCUUCAGCAUUGACUUCGUUCUCAGAAAACGGGCUGCUCCUUUGUAGAGGAGAUUCAUAUGUUCAGUCAUAGCUGGCGUUUUCCAGAUUCCUGACAUUCAAAAAACCUAAUUUUUAAUACACUUCUACUACUUUAAUCAAUCAACAAUGGAUUGGAAUGCUAAACCGAAUAGUGUCACCUUACAACCAAUGUAUCCUAAAAAACAGUCAUCUUUUUUGGAGCCGAGUGUAAUAAACACACCAUCUCAAGUUCCUUUAAACCCUCCUGGAAGUAACCAUCCUGCAUGUAUGUUUCGGAGUAACUCAAAUCCAGUUUCACAGUCACCUCUCAACAUCAGAAAUACAACUUCCCAUCAAAUCUCUGCUUCUGAUAUACAUAGUAGGACAAUUUUUGCCUCACAAGUUUCUUUGGAAAGAAAAACUUAUGCAAAUGUAAAAGGACCCAGUCAACUAAAUAACAGUUUGCAAAUGUCUCCAGGAGUUGCACAAAAUGUGUGGACAAACUCACCAGGGAGGAAUUCAAUGUUUUCUCAUACAGGGGCAGCUGUUUCUCAACAAACUGGUUUUAGAACUAAUCCACCAAAUGUAAAUGCACUACAGAAUCAAUUUGUAACAUCAGAAGUCUAUUCUAUGCAAGGACAGAUGGUCCCUUCUAAUCCUGUAAGAGUUCCUGUAACUUAUCAAGGAAACCAGAGACUUACCUCAUCUUUAUCAGAGCGACAGGCUGACUGUGCACAACAGUAUACAUCCAAUGGACUGACUUAUGCAGAUUACAGACCACGUCCAGAGCAAUACAGUUAUCCACCACAAAGCUAUUUGCAAAGUCCUACUCUUCAGAAACAAAGUACUAUGCAACUUACAUCAGUACAAGUUAAAAAUAGUCAUCAUUCAAAUUCUGCACUGACAUUACAGUCAAAGCAGGCUGCAUCUUUACCGUCCUAUCAAAUUGCAGUUAUUCAGAAUGAAAACAGACUUCUUCCUCCUUAUGACUGUAGGUACGCAAGCCAAACUUUGCAAAAUUCGCAGCAUGUUAUUACUCACUCUUCAGAAGUUCCUCAGAGUCAAGAAGUUCAUACUUCUGAAAUGAGGAAAGACUUUUGCAGGGGCCUUCAACAGCAAAACCUCAAUGAAAAUGUCAGUAUGACUGGAAAUUUUUGUAACAUGAAAGUAAAUACUAGUACCAAUCAGUCUUUUAGUGAGCCUAUUAGAUCUGUUGACGAUGUUCAGAUUCUUCCUCAAAAUAAUCAAGAAGAAAGAGUAGAUUUUUCUAAUCUGACUCCAAGUCAAGUACUGGACACAAAUAUUGCAAAAGAGAAGUUAGUGAAGGAUAUUAAACAAUUAGUAGAAAUGAGAAAGAAAUUUUCUGAACUGGCAAGGAAAAUUAAAAUUAAUAAAAAUGUUUUAAUGUUAGCAGGUUGUAUUAAGGCUAAUAGUGAAACACCUCAAAAUUCUGAACUGUCUCUGAAACAAACUGGCAAAACCCAGUUUGGACCACAUGUAACCCCAGCCGCUCCAGAGACUGCAGUGGAUAAAUCACCAAAAGCAGUGGAAAUAGCUGAAGAAACAAAUAGAAUGCACAGUUCAUUGAAUUCUAGUCAAGAGACCAAUUGCAGGAAUUCUAACCAGGUUAAUUCGAUUUUACUAAAUUCUGUGUGUUCGGGAAAGGGUCCAGUGCCAGACCAGUUACAUAAUUUAAAACAUACCACUUCUUUCAAGAUGCCAACUAUGGAGAAUACCCAGUUUUCAUCAGGAAAUAUAGUCAAUGUUGAAGAAAAUGUGCAAGCCAAUUCUGAAACAAUUUUAGUUCCUCAGUCUAUGGCCUCUGAGUCAUACGCUUCAAAAUAUCUAAAUGAAAAUAGGCUACUUAUCAGUCUCCUUGCACAUGGAGAUGAAAUUGAAAAAAGGUUAAUGAAAGAUGGUUGUGAAACUAUUAAGGAUUCUAAUCCACACAAUUUUGAAAUGAAAGCUAAUAUCCAAAUCACUAAUAACCAACUGAACUUGAAAACCGUGGAAACUCCAAGCUCUUAUAAUAUAAAUGCCAAUGUAUCAGAAAAUUCUUCUUGCAUGGACCAUAAAUUUCCUAAAACUGGAGCACCUCUGAAUGCUGACAGUCAUUUGGAAUUGCUAGCAACAUGUCUUAAUCUGUGGAAAAAAACCCCUUCUGAACCUACAGAAAAAAAACAGUGUAAUGAGUUAACAGCACAGAGAACAGCAGUUAGAAUCUCAAAAGCUGGGGAAAUCUGUGAUAAAACUCCAGUUUCACUUGUGGGAAAUUCUCAGAAUAAGAUGGAAAACUGCUCACAAGUAACAACUCUGCCAAUGGUAGUGCAAAGUUAUGAAUCUCCAGGUGCAACUACUAUUAAGGGAACAGAACUUCAGAUUGCUGUGGUGUCACCCUUAAUUUCAGAUAUCAAAACAUUGCCUGUCAAAGGAAUAACACCUGAUUUACCUGAAACAGGCUAUCCGGUUAUUAAAGAAGGCAGUGUUUGUAGUUUACAGAAUCAAUUGGCAGAAAACAGAAGAGUGACUGCUGUAUUGAAAGUGAACGAACCAGUUACAAGUACAACAAAUAAGGUUUUGCCACUAAUUCAGAAGGAAAAGCGAAAUACUUCAACUAAUGGUAAUUCAGAAGAUGCACCUAAUACCAAUCAAGGAAAUCCAAUAGAAUCUGAACCAAAUAUUCACUGUCCUGUGAGUGAUCAGCAAGCCUCAUCUAACUCCAGGGACGAUGAUACUGUGAGUAGUGAGUUGUUGCAGAUUGACAAUAUAUGUUCUCUGGUUGAAGGUGAUACAUCUUAUAAUUAUCAAAUAGCAAAGAUAUUCAAGUCACCUCCUAUUGAACAAAUUGAGUCACAGAAAUCAUUACCUAGUCUCCAAGUGAUUAGUACUAAAAAACAAAAAGAACAAUCAGACAAUAUCACUGAAAAGAUAGAGCUUGGUUUACAAAAAGAUAAUUUUUUACAGUACACAGAUGUUUUACAUAAAAAACCUGAUCAAUCAAAGUCACCACAACCUCUAGAGUCAUUUUUGAAGAAUGUUGAUUCAAGUAGUGAAAAUCCAGAGGAAAGCAAUUUGAAGCAUUAUAGUAAAAAAGUAAGCACAGCUAAAGAUAUGUGUUCAUCAGCUGCUCUUCAUCAGAGCAGUAACCCCCAGGAAAUUGAUGUGUCCUGCAAUCACACUGCCCAGGAUCCUGCAGUAAAUGAAGUUCUUGAUGACACUUCCAUUUUCUUCCCACACGAUCAGCUUUCAGAACUCUCAAAAGAUUUUCCCUAUGGUAUUGAACCUGUGACUACACAUGAAGAUUCUCCAGCAAAACAAAUAACAGACAAAAACUCUAAAGAUGAGUCUUGUGAUAAAACCAUCUGUGACUCCAAAGAUGCAACUGACCACAUAAAAAUUACAAUAUUAAACUCAGAGCAAAUGAAAGAAUUAUUUCCCGAACAGAAUGAUCAAUCUUGUGAGUUAGACAAAUUUACAAAAUCAGAGAAAGAAAACCCUGUCACAAAAAAAGGAAUCCACUGUGACUCACCAGUACAUACAGAUGGAGAAAGUUCCAAUUUUGUUAUGGAUUCAGAGAAAGACGAUGUCCGUUGCUGUGCAUUGGGUUGGCUCUCUAAUGUUUAUGAAGGAGUUCCCCAGUGCCAGUGUAAGUCCAUCAAUAACUUGACUUCAAAGGUCGAAAAUGGGAAAGAUCGGUGUUCUCUGGAGACCAACAGUUGUAAGCAAGGAGAGACUACUUCUGAUAAAGAUUAUUCCAUGUUAUUUAAUUGUUCUCCAAAUAACAAUCCAAAGAUUGCGAUGACUGUUCCGAUUGGGAAAAACCCUUUUUCUGAAACAGAACAAGGCAAGACUAUGAAAGAUCUAUCAGAACCAAAAUGCAGCUCACUAAGGACAGAACAAGAAUUAUCCGCUCCAUCUUUUUCUAAAGGGGAUAAAAAACUAGAUUCCUUAAAAUGUCACAAAAAGAAAAGAAAACUGAAAUUUCAUGAGAUGACUUUUCAUUCUAGUGCUAAAAGAAAGUUUUCUCAAGAGAGUUUGCAGAGAAAGAUCAUAGCACAAAAUUCAAGUCCACCUAAAGGAAAGCCAGGUUUUUGGACAAAUAAAAAUAAAGACUUGCAUAUAAAAAAUGGUUCUCUUGUACAGAAAUUAUUGCCAGAAAAGAUAAAAUUGAAAACAGGUGAUCAUCAGCAAAAAGUUUCAGCAAAAAGGAAGUUAGGUGAAGGGAGCAUACUUAAUUCAGAGGUAAAGAAGAUGAAGUAUUUUAAACAAGAGCAAAAUAAAAAUGGAGAUGGUACUUUGAAAACGUGUUCUCUUUUGUCAAAACCCGAUGAUAGAGCCAAAGAAAAGACAGUAUCUAAUGUUAAAUCAUUAGGCUCUACGUCUAAGGAUAAUUCGCCUAAAGUUGUUAUAACGCUAGAGCAGUAUUUGCAAAGGCAGAAGCAUAAAGAAGCAAUGGGUGUCAAAGCAUCAAAAUUAAACUGUGAGAAAAGUAUACCAUGUGAUUCUCAAUCCAUGAGGUCCAGUAAACUUGCUAUGCAAAUAGGGAGUUCUGGCAAAUCAAAUGAGAGACACAGUAGCAGUGUGCAGACUUCUGAAGAAUCAUUAAGUAUUUAUUCAAGCCAUGAUAAAAACACAAAAAUUCACCAUUCUCAUGUGUCUAAAUCAUACCUUUUGGGGAAUGCUAAAGAAACAGUUGGUGGAAAGCAACCUGAUAAAAUGCUCAUUGAUAAAACCAAAUUAGAUAAAAAUUUAAACAACAUAAACAAUGGAGGUGAACGCAACCACUUGUCUCCCCAAGCAAAGGAGCAAAGGAAACAAUAUCUGAACAGAGUUGCAUUUAAAUGUAUUGAACGAGAGAGCAUUUGUCUCACAAAACUUGACAGUUUGCCGAAAAAUAUUGAGAAGAGUGUGGAAAAUAAACCUAACACCACUUUACCUAAGAAAAAUACCACAGAAAAGCAAAGCAUGCUGGAGUUUAAAUUAUGUCCAGAUGGACUGAUUAAUAAGAAGAUAAACUCCACUGAAGAACAGAAGGAUCUGCAACCUUGUCCUAGGAAGGAGCAAGCCCCUGUGCAAGUUACAGGAAUAAAAAGUUCCAAAGAAGACUGGAUAAAAGGUGCACCUGAGGAGAAAAGGAUUCCAGAAGCCAACCAAGAAAUAGGAGUCUGUAACUCAGAGCCGUUGUUGGUGCGGUCCCGGCGCCUCCACUCCAACCCCCGUGGGUCUCUUCUGUAUGGAACGGAUGGCAUUGUCCUAGACAAAGCAGCUGGUACAAAGCGGGGACCUGAUGAGCUCUCCUCUGCCUGCAUAACUACAGGACCUAACUCAGCUUCUGCAGCAAAUGGAAAUGACAGGAAGAAGUUUAAAGGUGAUAGCACCAAGUUGAAAGAUGAUAGCAAGAAGUUGAAAGGUGACAGCAAGAAGUUGAAUGGUGAUAAUAAGUUGAAAAUUGACAGCAAGAAGUUGAAAGGUGACAGCAGUAAGUUGAAUGGUGACAAUAAGUUGAAAACUGACGGUAAGAAGUUGGAGUUGAAAGGUGAUAGGGAGAAGUUGAAGUUGAAAGGUGACAGCAGGAAGUCGCAUGGUGAUAAGUUGGAAAUUGACAGUGAGAAGUUGAAACGUGAUAGCCAGAAGUUGAAAGGUGAUGGCAGUAAGUUGAACGGUGACAGCAAGAAAAUGAAAGGCAACAGUAAGAAUUCCAAAGGUGACAGUAGAAGUUCAGGUGUUCCCUCCAGAGUGAUCUGCAUCGAGAAGCUCCCUGGGGAUGUCACUGAGGAUGAGGUCAUUUUUCUGGGACUGCCAUUUGGGACUGUCACCAACUUCCUGAUGAUGAAAUGGAAAAACCAGGCAUUCAUUGAGAUGAACACAGAGGAGGCUGCCAUCACCAUGGUGAACUACUAUACCUCCAUGAAACUCAUGCUUCGAGGCCAGCCCAUCUACAUCCAGUUCUCCCACCAUAAGGAACUCAAUACCAGCAGCUCACACAACCAGGCGCAGGUCCAGUCAGCCUUGCAGGCUCUGAACUCAGUAAAGUCCAGGAACUUGGCUCUGGCUGCCUCGGCUGGUGCUGUGGAUGUAGGCACUAUAGAAGCAGGUCCUGUUGUUGCUAUGAAUGCGGCCACUGUGGAUGUUGGCGCUGUGGAUGCUGUGGAUGUGGGGGCGGGCCCUGUGAGCUCAGUAGCAGUGAGUGCAGGCUCUGUGGGCACGGGUGCUGUAUGCUCAGGCACUGAUGAUGCAGGCCCUGUGGACGCAGCUGCUGUGGAUGCAGGUACUGUGAUGACUAGCCAGAGCCCAGUGCUCAGGAUUAUCUUAGAGAACCUCUUCCACCCAUUCCCCCUGGACAUGCUUCACCAGAUCUUUUCCCAUUUUGGCAAAGUUUUGAAAAUCAUCACUUUCACCCAGAACAACAUGUUCCAGGCACUGCUGCAGUAUGCUGAACCAUUGAGCGCCGUGCUCGCAAAGGUGUUUCUGGACAGUUGGAACAUCUUCGGUUGCACGGUUCGCAUCAGCUUUUCCACCUCUUCCAUCCUGAACUUGAAGUACAACAGCAGCAAGAGCCGAGUCUACACCUAUCCUGACCUGCCCUGGGAUGACAGCCAGUCCUUACAGGACCAGGCCAUGGCCUCGGCCUUCAGUGCUGCUCUGAUAACGUCAGCCCCGGUGAAAUCAGGAGCUGGUUUUCCUUCCACCCUUGAUAUUCCUCAAGCUGCAGGCCUCUGUGAUCCCAAUGAGCUCCAGGCCCUGCCCCCUGUGGCCAUCCCGUUGGUGUCAGGGGCAGCAACAGCAGAAGCAGGCCAGAUUGCCAUCGCAGACCCUGCACCUGUGGCCAACCAUUCGGUGUCAUCAACAGCAGAAGCAGAAGCAACAGGCCAGGUUGCCAUCCCAGGCCCAGCAGGGGCUGGAAAUUGUGUCCUGCUGGUCAAGAACCUCAACCCUGAGAGAAUCACAAUCCAAAACCUCUUCAUUAUUUUCGGUGUGUAUGGAGAUGUCCAGCGGGUGAAGAUUUUCUUUAAAAAUAAGACGCGAGCUCUGGUGCAGAUGGCUGAUGGGAUCCAGGCCCAGCUGGCCUUGAGCCACCUCAACAGGCAUAAGCUGCAUGGAAAGCCUAUGCUCAUCACGGUAACCCCGUACAAAAAUGUGCAUCUGCUUCAUGAGGGCCAGGCAGACCUGGGCCUCACCAAAGACUACAGCAACUCACCCCUGCACCGCUUCAGGAAUGCAUGCUCCAAGAAGUUCCAGAAUGUUUUCCCACCCUCAGAGAACCUGUACCUCUCCCACAUACCAUCCUUCACAUCCGCGCACAACCUCAAGGCCCUCUUCUCCAGCAACGGCAGAAUUGUUAAAAAAUUCAAGUUCUUCAAGAAGCACAGGAGCAUGGCGCUGAUCACAAUGGGUUCAGUGGAAGAGGCAAUCCAGGCGCUCAUCGACCUGCACUAUUAUGAACUGGGAGAAAACCACCACCUGUGGGUGACCUUUGCCAAAAUACCUGGUGACAACUUUCAUCCUUCCAGAAAACAGCCACUUUCAAAGCAGCUAAAGUGACCUUAAAAUACCAGAGAUUUUUAAAAGACAAAUCAGUUUACCUGUUUUUUAAUAUAAUUCACAUUGCUCAUUUUGUGGACAUGGGGUGCCAGCCUCAGGUUUUCAGUGACACGUGGAAAGGAUACCUGCUCCUCCCUGGUGCCCCCUUGCCUGUUGCUUUUGCAGCCUAUGCCGUGGGCAUUCCCAAACCUCCAAUUGGCCUUUUUGUGCCUUAACAUACACUGCUCUUGCCGGGCUUUCUUGGUGGUGGUAAUGCUCAGGCGUUUGGGGACUGCCUCCCUCAGGGAUCAUGUACCUGACAUGGCAAGAGGCUGCCAGCUACAGGAUGUGCCCACAUUUCAAUCUUCCUUUUUAUCAAGUGUGUCAUUCUCCCCACCCCUGGCUUAAGAUAUCCCCCCUGUGAUGAGACACCUGAAGGUGUGUGUCCCUGGUGCUUCUUUAGCUUGUAGCUUUGUUUCAUCAUAAAUCUCUUAAUUGUGCUUUGAUGCAGUUGCAGACAUCUGCUCCUAGCAAUAUUUCCAGUUGACCAAAUAUUCUAGUCUUCAUUUAUAUGUAAAAGAAAUAAGGAAUAAUUUUCUAUAUAACAAGAUAAUAAAUAUGAUGACAAUGUCUUGGCUAAUUCAAGAAACACCAACAGAACCUUCAGUGCAGAUGGACUUGAGACGCUAAAAAACCCAGUAAAGGAUUCAAAAGCAAUAUUUCAAGCCUACCAGAAAUUGUAU